UUUAUUUUUUUGUCAGAAGCCGCGGGGAAACGGAUCCUUUUCCUUGCCGAGGUGCCGGACGGGUUAAACCGAUAGAGGGCCGCCGUUUUCCCAGAGAGGACGAGAAACUUGAGCUCGGAGAGGCUUGGAGAAACCCAGGCCCCUCUUUUUCGGAGGGGAGGAGGGGAGCGAGCCCUUGGCGAGCCCCGGCUGGAUCCGAGUUGUUUUCUUUCUUUCUUUUUUUUAAUUCCUUCCCUUUUGUGGGGGGAGGGAGGAUCGAGUGAGAGGAAGAAAUGUGCCGGAGGAUGCACGGCGUCGCUCUGAACUUCAUAAGAAUGACCAGAAGAUGCCAGGUUUCAGCAUAAGAGGGCCCCUGCGGGGUGUGUAAACUAGGAAAAAGACUUUCCCAUCAACCCCUGAUCUGAUUCGUUUGGAGAUUCGGGGUGCCCUUUUAAGACAAAGCUUCCAUCCCUCUCAGCCUCUCCUUCUGGGAAAAACACUCCUGUUGCCAAGUUGUGGCCCUUCGUUUCCCGAAUCUCUUGCAUUUGGAGAGAGAGGGAGGGAGGGAAGGCCAUUUGCGAGCCUCUUUCCAGGGAUGUCUGCCAAACGGGCCUCGACGCCGAGCCUUCAGUUCCAAGGUCCCUCAGAGCAGGGAGCUCCCCGCGGAGCGAAAAUGGAAGAUGAGGAGCCCGAAACGCCGGAUCCGGAGGAAAAGUGGAGGGGCAAAGCGAUGGCUUCUCGCCGCUCUCGAGAGAAAAACGAGAGGCUGCUCAAAGCGAGGACGGCCCAGCACAAAGUCCAUCACAACGCCGCUCGUUCCCCUCGUUCGGGGUGGAGGAGUCUACUGCGCCCCACGGAGUUACAAGACCGGCGAAGAUUCUCUCCCUCCGCGGAGGGGCCGGCGGUCACCCGCCUGUGGCCCAGGGGCGGCCGCGCCAUCCGGCACCCUGUGGUCCUGAGCGAGGAAAGCUCAGAGCCCCAAAACCUCUUGGACGCGGGAGAAAUUGGGGAAUCGGGGAUGGUGAAGGUGAAGGAAGAAAUUCUGGGAGACGACUCGGCCAGCAUGGAGAUGAAACGCCAACGUUUCCGCCAGUUCCGCUACCAGGAGGCCGAAGGCCCCCGUGAGGUCUGCAGCCAGCUCUGGUAUCUCUGCCACCGGUGGCUGAAGCCGGAGAGACACACCAAGGAGCAGAUCCUGGAGCUGCUGAUCCUGGAGCAGUUCCUGGCCAUCCUGCCCCCGGACAUCCAGAGCUGGGUCCGGGAACACGAACCCGAGACCUGCUCUCAGGCGGCUUCCUUGGCGGAGGAUUUCCUGCAGAUGCAGCGGGAAGUGGAGAGGAAAGAACAGCAAGUGGAACCGCGCAGAGGGCCGCCCCUCCCCCUUUAUCCAGAAGAGGGCAGCUCGGAUGACGAAGGCCUGCUGGACCUGGUCUACGCCACCAACCUCGAGCUCCACAGCCGGCGGCCUCCCCGUCGAACCCGCCUCAUCCGGAUGCGCACCCACGAGCUCCAGGUGUCCGACGAGGAAUGCCUGACCCGCUUCCGGCUGGACCGCCAGGCCAUCCAGGACCUGUGCACUCUCUUGGCCCCCUACCUGGAUGGGGCGUCUGCGAGUCGCCGGCACAUCCCGACGUUGCAGAAAGUCCUGAUAGCCUUGCAGGUUCUCGGCACGGGCUCCUUCCAGCGGAUGACAGGAGAUAACCUGCGGGUGUCCCAGUCUUCCGUCAGCCGCUGCUUGGACGCCUUCCUGGAGGCCAUGUUGCGCCACGUCCACGAGCACAUCACCUUUCCCACCACUGACUCGGAGCUGCGGCGGACCAGGGAGGCCUUCUUUGACAUCGCAGGGUUCCCCAACGUCAUUGGGAUUGUGGACUGCACCCACGUGCCUAUCAUCGCCCCCGCAGACAUGCCGGCGCUGUACCGGAAUUGCCACAACUUCCACAGCCUGAACGUGCAGGCCACUUGCGACGCCUCGGGUUGCUUCACUCACGUCUUGGCCAAGUUCCCCGGAAGCGUCCACGACGCCCGCAUCUUCCAACUCUCCCAGUUGCAAAGGCUGCUGGAGUCGUGGCCGGAAGGGAAGGGGUGGCUUCUGGGCGACUCGGGGUAUCCUUUGCGGCCUUUCCUCAUGACCCCGCACCCUGACGACGGCCCUGAGCCCGUGGCGCGCUACAACGCAACCCACAAGACGACGCGGAUGGUGGUGGAGACGGCCUUCGGGCAGCUCAAGAUGAGGUUCCGCUGCCUUCACUCCACGGGGGGGCGCUUGAUGCUCCGCCCGGAGAAAGUGGCGAAGGUUUUUGUCGUCUGCGCCAUGCUUCACAACAUCGCCUUGAGGCGCCAGCUGCCCAUCAUCAAUGGAGGACAAGGGGUGGACACUGAGGUCCCUGUGCCUCCCUACCUGGAAACCGACACCAUGGUCGAACAAGAUCCUCAGGGAGUAGAAGUCCGGGAUCAGAUCGAUACCAUCUCCAGAUCUCCAAGGAUGAAAAGGGAAGAAGAAGGGAUCCUUAGUUGUCUGCCAGGAGAGCCAUCCAAACCAGCUGGAGAAAUCCUUCACGGGGUCAUCGUAGAUUGCAAGACCAGAGUGGACUUCAGAGGACGAGGCAAAUCUCUGGAUGGAGAUACGGGAAGAUCCUGUGGACAGGCCAUCCUGCCUCAGGUGAAGGGAGAAUCAGAAGAGGAUCUAACCCAGCACUGGGAAGUCCAAUGGAAGACUUUUUUGAGGACCAUGGAGUCCUCUCACUCGGACUGGGGAAUGACCCAUUUCCCAGAGGACCCUUCCUUGUGGGAAGAUGCCAAGGCCUUCCUGGGCUCCUUCGAGCAAGUAGCUGAGGCUUGUUGCUGGCCCAGGGAGCAGUGGGUAGCUCGGCUCUUGCCUGCCCUCAAUGGAGAAGCCAGGCAGGCCUUCGAUAAACUGGAAGCUGGAGGCCGAGAGGAUUAUGGGAAAGUGAAGGCGGCCAUCUUGCGAGAGGAGGCUCUAAGCAGAGAGAAGAUUCGCCGGCGCUUCCGGCAGUUUGGCUACUGGCAGGCCGAUGGGCCAAGAGCCGUCUACGCCCAACUGCGGGAUCUCUGCCGCCAGUGGCUGAAGACCGAGAAGCACAGCAAAGAGCAGAUUGUGGAAUUGCUGGUCUUGGAACAAUUUCUGGCUAUCCUCCCCCCGGAAAUGCGGAGCUGGGUGUGUGAAUGCAGCAUGGAGACCUGUGCCGAGGCCGUGGCCCUGGUGGAGGAUUUCCUCUCGAGGCAGCAAGAGGCUCGGAGGCAAGAAAAGCAGAGCGUCUUGGAGGAAGCCCAGGCUGUUUUUUCCUGGACUCCAGCUGAGCCCGGACAGAGGGCUCUCUAUGUCGAAUCAACGCUGGAAGAGAGUGAUGGACAGGCCACCUUGUUGGGAAGUCCACUGUUACCCCAAAGUGAGGUUUGUUGGCUGGGAGAUAAAAACAAGACAUUUUUUCAGAGUUCAGGAGAAGGGAAACCUCCAGAAGGUGUCUCCGAGAAGGACGAUGGAGGUGAAACACGCCAAGGGUUAGAAAGAGCCAAAUGCGAAGGUCUGAGAGAAAUCGCCUGGAAUCCAGACGGUUCACAGAUGCAGGAAGGUGCAGAGGCAGGAAGGGCGGGAGAAGAGGCUAAAUCUGUGUCGGAUCGGACCGCGGAUGUGGACGAGGUUCCAUUUCCUCAGGAAAAGCAGCGGAAGAAGAGGAAAAACCAGUGCCUCGUUGUCAUCCCAGAGGAGAGACCCAGUAAAAACUCAGCCUUCGGGAAGGGCCCCCCCCUCUAUCAAAGACUCCACAGCCGAGAACUGCCCCAUAAAUGCCUGGACUGCGGAAAGGGCUUUGGUCAUAAAGCGAACCUUACAUCCCACCAGAGAGUCCACCGGCUGGAGAAGCUCUACGACUGCUCCAACUGUGGCAAGACUUUCCUUCGUAAGUCCAUCUUGGAGAUGCACCUGAGGAUGCACACGGGCCAGAAGCCCUUCAGUUGCUCUGACUGCGGCCUAAGCUUAAGCGCCCAUUCGAGCCUCGUCAGGCAUCAGCGGAUCCACACCCGGGAGAAACCCUACAAGUGCUCCGAGUGCGAGAAGAGCUUCAGUCAGAACUCGGACCUGAUCCGGCAUCAGCGGCUCCACACGGGGGUCAAACCCUAUCGGUGCCCUGAAUGCGGGAAGAGCUUCAGCCGGGGAGAUUGCCUGGCUACCCAUCAGAAAAUCCAUGUGGGGAAAGAACAAGGAGGGAAUCAGACCAUAGCAAAGGCUUUUGUGAUCAAUCAAGUCCUCUUCAGCACUGAGUCUAGAAGUCCAGAUUGCUCCAACGCCACCCAGUCUUUCUGGGACUCUGAACUGGGACUCCUGCGUGUCAUCAUCAAGGAGGAAGAUGACAGUGAAGAGGCCCUUCCGUCAGAAGACUGGAUGGCCAGAUCAACCACAGAGGAAGGUUUCCACCCCGAAAGCUUCACUUCAGAGCACCAGCUGAAACGUUCGCCAGGAAGUUCUCAAGACAAUAAUUUUCCUCCGGUGGAAGUGGCAGAUAACAUCCAGAUUAAAGAGGAACCCACCGAGGUGUCCGUAACGAUACUUGAGCACCCGAACACCGAAGGGAUGAGCGCGAAUAAGUGUGCCCUGUGCGGGAAGACUUUCAGUUGCAAGUCGGAUCUCACCAGGCACCAGAGGACUCACACAGGUGAGAAGCCCUACCGAUGUUUCGAGUGCGGGAAAAGCUUCAGCCGAGGCGAUUAUCUGAUUCUGCAUCAAAAGCUUCACCGGGGGGAGAAACCGUACAAGUGCUCCGAGUGCGGCAAGGGCUUCUACCGAAGCACCCGGCUGAUUUCCCAUAAAAGGGUCCACCUGGCCGAGAAACUGUACAAGUGUUUCCGUUGCGGCAAGAGCUUCGGCGACGAGGCCAAGCUCGCCCAACACAAGCAGGCCAAGCACACGAACGAGAGGCCGCACACCUGUGCCGAGUGCGGCAAGAGCUUCCGACGGAGCACCCACCUCACCCGCCACCUGAAAAUCCACACCCGCAAAGCCCGAUAUCGCUGCCUGCAGUGUGAGAAGACCUUCACUUGUCGAAAGCAUCUCCUGUCCCACGAACGGACUCACACGGGGGACAAGCCGUACAAGUGCCUGGAUUGCGGCAAGCGGUUCAGUUUCAGCGGGAACCUCGCCUCGCACCUGCGGAUGCAUACGGGGGAGAAGCCCUACUUGUGCCUCGAGUGCGGGAAGAGCUUCAGCCGGAGUGCCCACCUCACGUUGCACCAGAGGACCCACACCGGGGAGAAGCCGUACACCUGCCUGGAGUGCGGGAGAGCCUUCAGCCAGAGCAGCAACCUCACGUCCCAUCAGCGCAUCCACACCGGGGAGAAGCCCUACGAGUGUCCCAUCUGCGGGAAACAGUUCUCACGGGGCGACUCGCUGGUCUCGCAUCAGAGGAUCCACGCUGCGGAAAUUGUCUGAUCCGGGGUUUGAAUGGCGUUUGACGCAACAGAGUCUCCCUCUCUCUCUCUCUCUCUCUCUCUGCAAUAAGCUUCAAUGGCGAAGGGGGAAAAAUGGAGAGAAAAAAGCUGACUCUCGCUUCAUGUCCAAUAAUCAAGCGUGCUUCUGAAGCUUCUUCAUUAUCGUCUUUCGAGCUUCUCAAACGGUGGCGGUUGUCCCAAAGUUGCUUUUCUCCAAAAGGGCAACUGGACUUCUUUGGGUUUUUUUUUUUUUUUUUACCCUUGAAAACAUUUUGCUUCUCAUCCAAGAACUUCAGAGUAGGAAGUUCUUCAAAAACAGAAGCUUCUUGGAUGAGAAGUGAAAUGUUUUCAAGCGGGGGGAAAAAUACCUCCCAAGGAAGUCCAGUUGUCGUUUGGAAAAACACCUUUGGGACUUCUUCAUUUGUUACCGUACAUGGACGAACAGACUUAGAAAUCAAGGGUAGAGUAUCAUAUGUUAUCAAGGAGGGGUUGUCAAACUCA